ACCUUUUUUUGUUUGUUUUUGUUUUUAAUCAAAUCCAAUGAUGGAUCUGGAAAAUAAUGAUUGUACCCGGAAUUUUAACAUAAAUGUUUUGUGUUCUAAAAAAAAAAAAAAAAAAAAGAUAGCAUGCAUACAGGCGUGAGCAAACAGAGACAGAGGUUUAUUUUUAGGCGAACCGUUUCUUUGACUUGUAACCCAGUCUGUGUGUCUCAGUCUGUGCUUGAGCUCAUGAUGGCUCCGGUGAGAGUCAUCCAGUUUUCAUCAAGUGGAAAACUGUGGGUGGAAACAUAGUGCUUAUUUCUUGUUUUUUUAUUUGUUUGUUGUUGUUUACAGACAAAAAGCCAUCGGUCGGCUUGUCUCUGUCAGUGUUAAUGCUGUUUUCAUUAUUGCUUUAGAGGGAAUCUGUCACACUGGUUUCAUCUGACUUAAAUCUGUUAUAAAUAAAUAAGCAGUUUUGUCACACUAUCCACAAAUGCUCUUGCAAAAUUGUGGUGCUGUGUGCGGGAGGGUGAGUCAGACCGGAGCUGCAGAAAAACAGGAACUCGAGAUGAGAAAAGAACAGAUUCACAUGCGCUCCCAUCGAACUGUUCACAAUGACACAGCCAUGCAUCUGAACUGUCUUCUCUUCAUCUUCAGCUUCAUCAGACUCUCAGGUGCGCAGGACGUCACUACGGUCAGGCAGAUAUCUGUUCAGAGAGGACAGUCUGUAGUAAUUCCUUGUUUAUAUAACCAGAAAUAUACAUCUUCAUACAAAUACUUGAGCGCUGGAUAUGUUUGGCUCUUGAGUGAUUAUGUGGAUUUCUCAGACCAGAGAUGUCAUCACAAAACAGUGUUUGUCUCAGAUGACACGGAAGGUCACAUCUUCACCGUCCGCAUGGAUGAUGUCCAGGAGUCUGGCUCUUACUGGUGUGCCAUUCAUAUCCCUUCAGCUUUUGAUAAACGUGCGGGGUUUUUCUUGGACGUCACAGCAGACUCUCCGAGACUUCACGUGACCUCUCAGACUGUGAUGGGAUCUGAGAAUGGCAGUGUUACCAUCACCUGCUACCAUCAGGGUGUACAGUAUGGUGUGAAGUGGUGUAAGUUUGGAGGUCAGUGCAUUACAGGAGCGUCUGGGACGUUAGACGGAGCCUCGGUUGAGAUCAGACACGGUCUGAGAAACAUGACUGUGAGCAUGAGCCGGCUGAAGAAGAAGAACACGGGAUGGUACUGCUGCUCAACAGAAGAUCUGCAGAUGCCUGUUCAUAUCACUGUCAGUCAGAAGAAGAGCAGAAGUGCAGAAGGACAGCAGAGUCCAGUUACAACAGCGACUGGUCAGUCCUCACCUCGCAAAAGGACAGCUAUUUUAUUUCUGUUGCCGGUGAUUUUUGAGAUUCUCCUGCUCAUAGUCAUUUACUUGGCACUGAAACUGGCUAGUAUUUGCAAAACAAGAUUCUUCCCGUCUGUGAAUGAAGCAGAGGACGGUCACUAUGUGACGAUGCACAGGGAGCAGUCAUCGCGUUCAAAUGGGUGUUCUGCUGCUGAAGAAGUGUAUGAAAAUAUGGCUGGACUCAAAACUAACAGUGAGAUACCUGCUUCCGGUCAUAAAUCCAUCAGCCCGGCUGUGGUCAAAAAAAGCGAUUUACCAAAAGCGCCUGUGCGAGAACCAGAUUAUGUGAACAUUAUGAAGACGUGACUGUGAAUCUGGAUCAGCUGUUUAAUAUCAGUUCUUUAAUAUCUUCCAUUGGCCAUAAAUCUAAUUGUUACAGCACAGAAAACUAUUCCAUAAUUAUUGAGAGAUUAUUCAAAGCUGUAUUUAUUUAACAAAAUAUCUUGGUGAAUUAUUAAGGAACUCACUGAACUUACAUAUACACUACUGCUCUCAAGUUUGGGGUCCGUAAGAUGUUUCUGAAAGAAGUCUCUUCUGCUUACCAGAGCUGCAUUUAUUUGAUCAAAAAUACUGUAAAAACUGUGAAAUAUUAUUUCAGUUUAAAACAGCUGUUUUGUGUGUGAAUCUCUGUUAAA